AUGCCAAAGCGGGAUGGUGCCGAGCUACAGCGAUGGCUGCUGCUGCUAGGAGCUGCCGCCACCUUCUUCAUCUUUGCCCCUCGGGGCUUGCUGGUGGGAGUUGCGGUGCUGGCGCUGCUCGGGAUCCGCUGCCCCCGACGCCUGCUGAGCCCGGGAGACUCCGCGGAUGUGGACGAGGACUUGGAGGUGUCGCGUGAGUCCCCGGACUGCGACUGGGGCCCGGCGCUGGUGUUGGUCUUCGAAGCGCGGGACCCGUUGACCGGGGCUCUGCAGCUGAGGAUCGACAAGGAGGACUCGGAGGUUUCCUGGACGCUGGUGGAGACGCAGCUCGUCCCCGGGGAACGGCGCCGCGCGCCGCUCCGGGAGCUGCUGGGGCGGCUGAAUGAGGCGGGGCUCGCCUACCGCCUGGGGGGGUCGCUGAACGGCGAGUUCAUCUUUUGUAUGGUCCGCCUGCCGGAGACCACGGCCAAAGCGAACCUGACCUUUUCUCCUCUUGACCUGGAGCUGGACCCCUGGCGGGCCCAGAAGUACGCGCUGGAGCUGGGCAUGCCGCUGGCCAAGCGCUGCCAGGGCCUCAACUUGCGGGAGCUGACCACCUGCGAGUCCUUCGACUCCCGCAUGGGCGAGCUCGCCCAGGUUCCGGAGGCCUUGGAGGAUGUCUGGGAGGGCCUGCACAUGCGCUUCUUCCCCGGCAUCCCCAGCCGCGUCUUCCGGCACGUGCCGCUGGUGUCCACUGAGGGGUCGGACCCCUCCGUGGCCGCGAUGCCCACCAUCCUGCCGCCGUCCGAGCGGCUCAGGAUGCUGUUGACGCUGAUCGGCGACGAUCUGCCUGGUGCCAUGGGCCACAUGGGUCCCGGCUUCAAGCUGGACCAGUGGAAGAAGCCCAAGUGCUGCAACUGCCUGCGGCGCACCUUCCGGAACUUCGGCGCACGCCGCGCCGCGAACACCCUGAGCCUGUUGGACAACCUCGGGGAGUUCCCGAAGGCGUUCUCCCUCUACUUCCUCAUGCAGGACCCUCGGGAUCAGGCGUACCAGAACCUGCGGCUGAAGUUUGGCCGCCCAGCCUCGGCGCUGUUCCAAAGCGGGCUGCUGUCUGGGGUGGUAGACAAAAACCUGCCGACGUUGCUGCAGCUCUACUUCGGGCAACAGAUUGGCUUCUACUUCGCCUUUCUGCAGCACCUCUUCAGCUACGGCUUCGCGCUCACGGUGCUGCUCGCGCCCUUGCUGGCGGUCUACAGCGUCGACUGGGCGCAGCAUUUGGUUCGCGCCAUGAACACGGAGGCUGAGGACGACAAGGCGACGGUCAUGUACCUCGUGGACGAGAUGGUCUCGGAGAUCACCGACGCGGAGGCCUCCCGGAGCCGCUGGCCCCUGUGGUCACUCCUUGUGGGUCUCACCACCACUGUCUGGGGGCAAUGCGUCAUUGAGUCGUGGCACCGCCAGGAGCGGCGCCUGGCGCGGCAGUGGGGCUGCCGGCCGCUGCGGCCCACGUUUUCGCGGCCGAGCUUCCGCGGGCGGCUGGCGGUGAGCCGCGUGGACGGGCGCCUGGUGCAGGUGCACCGCAACAGGCGCUUGUUCCAGGCGCGCGUCAUUGCAGUGAACCUCUGCUUCCUCUGCAUCUGGGCCUUGGUCUUCACGGUGCUGGGGGCCAUCUUCCUACGCAACGACCAGGUGCAGGUGGCGACGGAGGACUACGCCUCGCUGGGCGCCGUGUUCUCGGUGUCGAGUGUGCUGCUCUACCACCUCUUCCGCAUCGUGGCUCACUGCCUCACGGAGGCGGAGAAUCACCGGGAGGAGGAUUCCUGGGAGACGUCCAUCCUGGUGAAGAAGUGGGCCUUGACGGUCAUCGUGCAAUGUUGGGCCACGAUGCAUUUGCUGUUCAUCCGGCCCUUCCUGUGGCCCUGCGCGUAUGGAGAUGCCGCGGUGCGCCAGAGGCUGGACAUCGAGCACUGCGCCUUCUGGGACCAGGAGUGCUGCGACCAGGUCAUUCGCAGCAACCACCAGGUGCUGAGCUUCGCGGAGAUCCGGGGGGAGGCCGUGGUGCGCCACACCCGGCAGUUCAUCGCCGGAUGGCUGGUCUCCAAGAUCUUCCUGCACAACUUGCUGAAAUGGAUCGUGCCGCGGCUCUUCGGCUUCCUCUGCACCCGCGGGCUGUACCCGCUGCUGGCCGUGGACUUUGCGGAGGACCUGCUCACGGACUUGGCCAUGUCGGACAACGAGCACGGCCGGCGCCGAGUGGGCCGCAGCCGGCUCCGGCGCUGCCUCUGCCCUCGCCGGCCCCGGUACCAUCGGAGCUACACGGAUUUGGCCGCAGACGUAGGGCCAUCCAGCUUGCCGGCAGAACUGACCUACGCAUGUGAGUGCCAGCUGGACAAGCAGGAACCCUGGGACGUCUUGGACACUGCUACAGACCUCUCGGUGCAUUUCCUGGUAGUGUCUCUCACCACUGUGAUCUACCCGUUUGCCCCGCUUCUGUUCCUGGCGCACCUCCUGGUGGAGUUCCAGAUGGAUCUCUUCGCGCUGCUGGACCGGCGCCAGCCGAAGCCCAGGGCCUGCAACGGCCUGCCGGAGGCCUGGCUCUCCAUCUUCCAGUCCUACGUCUACGUGGGCGCGCUCUUCAAUCUGGCCAUUGUGACCUGGCGCACCUCCCUGGUGGAUGAUCUCCUCGGGGAGGGCGCAGGCAUGCACGUGGCCUUCUUCAGCACGGCCAUGCUGCUACUGGUUCUGGUGGUUGCCGUUGUGCACCUCGUCAUCCCGCGGGUGCCCAGCGAAGUCGUGGAACACAAGCAGCGCGAGCGGGAAGUCGAGGCCUUCUUCAUGGGCUGCGGGCAGGGAGUAAAAAGGAGCGACUGCGUGUCCUGGCUGCACCUGCAGCCGCGGCCCCUGCAGGGCCCUGUCCGCGCCCGUGUGGACAUGCUGCGGCGGCUCUCAGACUCGGCGCGGGUUCGCUUGGCCGCCCGCGUGGCGUUGGCUGACAGGGGCGGCGCCUCAGUCGCCCGCGUGGAGGGCCUCUCCGCUCUGAUGCACGCGCUGCAGCGCGAUGCUGCAGCCGCAGGGGCAGACUGCACAGCGCUGCUGGAGUUGCGGGAGGAGGUGAGCUCGCGCAUCCGCGAGCUUGCUGAGCAAGGCGAUGCGAAGGUGCGAUAUGCUGCGGAUAGGGCAUUGAGACGCUAA